AUGGCAAAAAAGAACGCUCAGGAGGCCUACCAAAGGGUCCGGGAAGCCAAGGCGAAGUCCCGGGCUAGGUCCGGGGCGGUCACCUCUCCUCCUCCCCCACCUCCUCCUCCUAAGAACAUUGGCACUCCUUCUCAACCCAUUGUCAUUUCUUCCUCGAGUUUGUCUCGACCACCCCCUUUUGCCCAGGUAGUUAUUGAUGGUGCCAUCGUCGAUCCUCCUGUCCCCGAGGUCAUUUCCGAGUCAGACCUGAAGACUCGGGGGCAGAGGAUUAUCGAGUCUCCUCCCCGUCCUAAGGAGGCUCCGAGUUCUUCCUCUGUUCCUCCGACCGGUCCUGAUGGUGCCCCUCCUGAGCCUAGCGGUGGUGAUUCCUCUACUCCUCAUAAGAAAUGA